AUGCCCCGUUUAGACUUCUCAUGCGGGGCCUCCGAUAGCCCUCGCCAACCACCGAGCGGCGGCGCCACGCGCAACAACGGUAGUCAGCGCCCUCUAUCGCGCACGUCUCUCUUCGGCAAUUCCAGCAGCGGGGUCGGGAGGAACUUGAUGGAUCGGCUGCAGCAGCAGGACGGCGCGGAUCAGAUUCAGCAGCAGCGACGACUCGCCUCGCAUGGCGGCCUUUCCGCAGGAAAGGCGCUCGGCUCUUCCGCGGCUGCGGAGAUGCAAUCGCCUUCCAGCAUGCCGCUCGGAGCCAAGAUCGCUACAUCCGAGGUCCCCGAAUCGUCGCCGAUAAGUGUGCUCUUCUGCCCUCAGACGCCGUCGUCAGCAGCGUCUCCCGAGUUCCGCUUCGGCGCCAACCCCUCCCCCGAGCUCUUCUCGCCCAUGCGCAUGCCGCCCUUCCACCAGCUGCUCCCCUCGCCUCUCUCGCAAUCCUUUUCCCUCGCCGACACGCCAACCCAGCCGCCCGCCUCAACACCAACUUCCUCCGAGCCCACGCCGGCGACGUUACCUCCGUCGCAAAUGCAGUCGCCGUUGCCGUCGCCAUCGUCGUCGGCGUCGGCCAUGGACAUAAGUUCUGUGCCGUCGUUACAAAUGCCGUCGGCGUCGGCGCAAGCGCAUGUGGCGGGGGAGGAGAGCCUUCCGCAGUUGGCGGAAGCCGGAGCCGGGGUUGGCAGGGGCGCGGAUCAAAUCGUCGCGGAUCGUGCCGUUCUUGACGGCGCGGCCGACGCGGGCGGUAGCGAUAAGUGUUUCUUGCGGCCCGCGCUGCCGCCUCUGAACAUCGACGCGUGCAGCAGAGGGGGCAAAGUGCGCCGCGGCCAUCUGCCGCCCAUCCCGCUGCCGCGCAACCCGAGCUAUUCCAAGGAGCACCGCCUAGGUCGCAGCGGCAGCGGGCGCAGCAGCGGCGCCUUCGAGGACCUUCUGCUCGCCGCCUCCGCCGCCUCGCCCUCCGCGCACCCGUCCCCGCCCGCCUUCGGCGCGCACCCAGCGCCGUCUGGGAGCUCCGGGGGCUGGCACUGGCAGAGCCUCAGCCAAGAGAUGCGGUCGGCGCAGCACGCGUGGUCGCUGGAGGGCAGCGGGGUGGCGGAGGAGGGCGGGUGGGGCGCGCAGCAGGCGGAGUGGAUGGUGGGCGGGGACGACGAGGGGCUGGGGUCCGCGGAGUCGCUGCAGCUGAUGCGCCAAUGGGAGGCGGAAGUCGAGGGGCUUCCGCUCACGGUGGGCGGAACAGUGAUGAUGGGCAUGGGGGGGGGCCAUGGGGGGGGCUAUGGGCGGGGGAAUGGAGGGCGAGGAGGAGGAGGAGCCAGGGUCGCCCAGCACGCCCAGCAUGGCUCCGCGCUCCACGGACCUCGAGUGCCCGGACGCCCCCAACUCCAGGGUGCGAGGCGAGAUGUGUCGCACGAGCAGUCUGCACGACACGAAGCUGCUGAUGACGACGCAGCUGAAGCGGUCGCACUCCAUAUUCCUCUUCGACCGCCACUUCGAAUUCGUGCGCGAGAUAGGCCGCGGCUCCUACAGCAUGGUCCGUCAGUCCCGCUCGCCUCCACGCCCACCCCCCACCCUCUUCCCUGCCCAACCCAUUUCACAGUGAUCGCCCCCCGUCUUGCGCCCUCUCGCCUUCCGCCCCGCCCCAUCCAACUGCUUCUUGCCUCACUCUUCCUGUUUCUGCUCUCGCUCCUGGUCCGUUCCCAAACUUUCACCAUCCCCUGUACCCUCUCCUCUUACCUUUCUCAUACCCCCAACCCCCCCACACCCUUCCCCCCCCCCCCUUCACUCCCUCCUUUUCCCCCUCCCUUUCCUCCCCCGAUUCUUUCCCUCUCCCCGCGCGCGCAGGUGUACGAGGCGCGCGACCGCAAGGGCGGCGCGCGGUGCGCGGUGAAGGUGAGCAAGCGGCAGUUCCGCAGCAAGGGCGAGCGCGAGCGGUACAUGCACGAGAUCGAGAGCGUGGCGAACGUGCCCGAGCACGCGCACAUCGUGCGGUACUACCGCGGGUGGCAGCAGGACAGCCACUUCUACCUGCAGAUGGAGCUCUGUGAGGGCGGCAGCCUGCGCGCCCUCCUCGACUCGCUCCCGCACCCGCUGCCCGAGGACCAGGUGUGGAGGUUCGUGCGGCAGGUGGCAUCAGGGUUGGAUCACAUUCACAGCAGGGGCGUGCUGCACCUGGACAUCAAGCCAGACAACAUCUUCAUCGACGCCCAUGGUAAUCUCAAGAUCGGGGGGGACUUUGGGCGGGCGGUGUGGGAGCAGCGUGCGCACGGCGCCCCCUCCCCGUAUGGAAUGCCGUCCCCCUACAGCCCCUCUCCGUACUGCGUGGCCUUCUCCUCUGCUGCGCCCUCGCCUGUGGCCUCCGCGCCUGGUCGCGCCAACCCCAGCUUCCCCCCGCCUCGCUCCACAUCCAGGGGGGCAGGCAGCCCUGCAAAGGGGGGAGGGAGUCCGCUGAAGGGGUUGGGGGCGCGGGGGGGGCAUGGGGGGCAGUCCUGUGAAGCCCAUGGGGGGGAGUGGUGCGGCAGGGGAGGGUCGGGGAAGGAUUGGAGUGCAGCAGCAGCGGCUGCGGCAGCAGCUGUGGCAGCGGCGGAUGCAGCGGUGGGUGCUGGAUGUGGGCGGUCGGAGCACCUGAGGGAGCUGGUGUUUGCACUGCUGCAUGGGGACGCUCAAGAGAGGCUGCAGGCACAUGAGGUGGUUACAAUAGCAGAGCGCAGUGCUGCGAGGGGAGGUGGACCUGGGGCAGGGGUGCAUGCACAAGGCUCGAGAAGGGGCAGAGCAGUGUGGGGAGGAGCAGCAGCAUGUGGAGCAGAUGCAGGGGGGGGAGUGAACCUGAAGGGCAGUGCGAGGAGGCUAAUUGUGAGGAUAGUGGGGCUGCUAUGGCGUUGGAUUGAGUAG